AUGGCUGUGGCUUUGAUGGACACAGCUCCGGAAACCUUGAAGACAGCGCUGUCUGCUCCGCUCCCCGAUUCUGAAGAUGAGAGCUCCACCGCCCCUCAGCCACGUGGUCGAAGCGGGAAACAGAAGAGGAGGGCAACAGCAGCGACGUCAGCUGUUUGCAGCUCGCCGAUCGAGAAGAGGGCCAAGCAAGAUUUCGCCCCUGACGCCGACGGCUUCGUCCCGGCCCGUUAUCGUGGGUGUGGGGUGUGGAAGCGUGCCAUCGCUCGCCAACGUGGCCAAACACCAGCGCCACGUCCGAAGAAGCCAGCAACGAGACGACCCGGCUUCUCUUUCGCGGCGGCAAAGUCAGGGGCGCCCUCCGCCGUCACGGCUGCGUCGGCUGCUCCUGCUCCUGCCGCAUCCGAGGCCGUGCCGACACCUGCGGCUCCUGCGCCUCCACCACAGCUGCUAGUGGCGGACCCGGGUACUGCCUCUCCCGGGACGUCGGCCGGAUCGCACCCCGCCAACCGCCGGCGCGGGGGUCGACGCCCCGUGGGUACCCAGCGCUCGGGACCGUCAGUCGAGCAGCCCCAGGUGGACUCUCACAGCGACGCAGCCACGCCUCCCCCCUCCAGCGCCGGGGCCGCGCCAGCUGCCUCCACCGCUGACCUGGCUAACCUCGUCGCGCAGCUCACUGCCCUGGUGACCAGUGCCACGAAGUUGAUUGAAGUCCUGUCGCAGCAACUCACCGCUGCAGUGCUGAUGGCCUCUGCGGCCCCGACCGCUGUCAACCCUCACCGUGGGCAGCGUUAG